UUACAGUCUAUCCCUAAGGUAACGUUAGCGGAUGGUUAGCGGCUGUUUGCUAAAAACUCCCUAUUUAUCUGCGGUUUUUCAUGGUUUUUCAUAAGAUGUCUUUAAAAACUCAUUUGUUUUUGGCCUGAACUACUAUGACUAUCCAGCAAUAAUAUACAGAUUGGCCAUUUGGCCGUUACUUUGAUACAAAUAUUCUUUAAUAAAUAAACUUAACCUAGCAAAUUGAAAUUGAACUUCGCCUGACUUUGCUUAUAUAGAUGCAUUUUUGAUUUGGGUCUUAAUGUAGAAAUGUUCAAAUUAAUUGGUUUAUUAAUCGCAGUAUCGAUUCAUUCGAAUUUAGCAGCAAGUGCAGUCUACACUAACGUUCAUUAUUUGGAACAUGGAGAAAAAAUGAGAAUUAAUCCAAGCGGUAGCAGUGGCUUAGAGUUACAAACUUUUUGUUACAAAGGAAGAAAGAAAUUUAUCAUUUAUACAUGGCAGAGUGUAAUUUUUCAGUUACACCAUCCUAGUGAUGAGUACACAUUAUUCGAAGGUUCUUCUCCUGAAGAAGUCCAAUCAGAAUAUUCAAAAAACCGGUUUUACUGGUCACCAAAUUUGUUUAUGAUAAAACAAAAAAGUUUUAAAGUUGAUCCUUUCAAUACCACUUGCGUUGGGGUUAGAAGCUUCGAGGGGUACACUGUACAAUACAAUGUUAUAAAUUUGGAUUUUUGGAAAUUGCUACUUCUUGGUAUAGGAGUUGGCAUAUUUUUAUCAGCAGAUACUUUGAGUAAAAAUACAAUUUUUCAUUUUAUUAGUGGGAUAGUUUUCGGUGUCUGUGCAUCAAUUCUUGUUCUGAUAUAUUUUACUAGCAAGCUAUUUCCAAGGAGACCUCUCAUGUAUGGCGUUCUCGGUAUGGGCUGGACAUUAGUCAUCUACAUCGGCCAUCUAAUAUGGGACAAUGUCCAAGUCAUUUUAACAGAAUACAAGUUCUAUGUUUUGUGGUAUAUGGUAAUAACGGGAUUCGUCAGUUUUAUUUGGCUGUGUUCGAUAUUCAACAGCAGCAAUUAUCAGGAGGCUGCUAUGGCUCAAAUUGUGAUAUUACUUAUUAGUUAUAAUCUACCUCAGAAGUGGAAAACAGCACCCAAAACCUAUUGGAAGAAAAGAUUCCCUCCGAAAGUCAGAUUACUUAACAAUGAGGAAUUCUAUCAAGAAGGCGUUCGAGAAACGGCCAAAGCUCUGGACAGUUUGAGACAGUACUGUUCCAGUCCUGAAUGCAACCAAUGGAAGACAGUCUUAAAAUUAAAAGACGUCAAAAGAUUCGCAUCGUUCAUUGAGGGAAACUCGCAUUUGAGCGACGAUGAAAUUUUGGAGUACGAAACGUUCGUUCACGAUUUGACUGAUGACGAAAAUGAUCUGACGGACGAAGAGGAGUACUAA